AUGGCCGCCAGCUUCUGGCACGAGUUUGCGGCUGGCAGCCUGGGCGGCGCGGCCGGCGUGUUUGUCGGCCACCCGGCCGACACGGUCAAGGUCCUGCAGCAGACGCUCGGCAUCAGCGCCACCGCCGCCGUGCGCGACACGUUCCGCCACGAAGGCGCGCGCGGCCUCCUCAAGGGCAUGUCGUUUCCGCUGGCGGCGAACGGGGCGUUGAACGCGCUCUACUUCGGCGUGUAUUCGAACUCGCUGCGAGUGCUAGACUGGGCGCUGGGCGCGCGCGACGACGCCGGCCGGCCCGCCUACGGCCGCGUGUUCGUCGCCGGCUGCGUCGGCGGCCUGGCGCAGCUGGUGGUCGCCGUGCCCGUCGACCUGGUGAAGAUCCAGCUGCAGACGAGCGCCGGCGGCGUCGCCGGCGUCGGCGCCUGGACCUCGAUUCUGCCGCUGGACGUGCUGAAGAGCAAGCUGCAGGCGGACGACCCAGCGCGGCCGCAGUACCGCGGCAUGCUGCAUUGCGCGCAGAUGACCGUGCUGCGGGACGGUCCCGGCGCUCUGCUCGCCGGCUUCGGCGUCAUGGCCGGCAGGGCGUUCCUCGUGAACGCCGUCACCUUCCUCGGCUACGAGUACUCGCUGGCGGUGGUGCGACGGCUGGAGGGCAGGGCCGACGACGCCGGCGCGGACGCAGACUUCGCGGUGGAGAAGCGGUGAUGUCAGGCCCUCGGUAGUCUGUGUUGUUGUGGGGGAGGGGCUGUGUCAGGCUCCGCGGUAGUCUGUGUGAUGGGGGACGGGGUAGUGUUAGGCCCUGCGGUAGUCUAUGUGGUGGAGAAAUGGUGACGUCCGGCCCCGCGGUAUUCUGUGUGGGGGAGGAAGCGUGAUGGCAAGCUCCGCAGCAGUCUGUGGUGGAGGAGGGGUGGUGUCGGGCGCUGCUGAAGUGUUGCCAAGGGUAGUCAGGUUAUCUGAGCGUGAUAGACCGCUAGGAUCAGGUGGCCUAGAGGAAGCGGCCAUUUCUGAGUGUCGUUCGCUGUAGCAUUGGACUGUUUGGUUGAAAUGAAUGCAGCUGAGGCAUCAUUAGCGGCUUGCCCAUGGCAGCCCGCAGACUACUAGACUCUUUAUCUAAAUAGUCCGAUGAUUUAUAACGUGGCCUGCACCCCCUGGAAGUGCAGAAUGAGUUAACAAACAAACAAACAUGAGCUCACCACGGACAUGAAAUGUCACCUCAGCAGCGAAUGAGCUGUUUGGUGAAUAGUGCAGGCGUAUAGUGAACACUCAGACUGCUUUUGUUUUUUGUGGACAGGUGCCGCACCACUCCGCGUUCCUUUGAGCAUCGCUUCUGAACGUUUUUUGGAAUGGUUUAUGUCGUGCAGCAUAUCGUAGCACAGACCGACAUACAUGUUGUAUGGCGCCCAAGUGGAGCGGCGUCAGGUGUCUCGGCAAUGCAUAUCGUAUGGCGUCAUGUAACAUAUGACGUGCAUAUUGAUACCAGGCGUGACGUUACACCAGGAGACAUACAUAUUGUAUAGCUCCAUGUAACGCAUGACGUGUAUAUUGAUACCAGGCGUGGCGUUACACCAGGAGACAUACAUAUUGCAUGGCGUCAAAGCCAGUAGACAUGCGAUUGCCCAGUACUGACGUAUUCAUGGCAUGGCGCCAAAGUAGGAAGGUGUUACAAUGACAAUAUGUUUUAGUUGACACAGCCGAAGUGCAAUAAUUGCGUGGAUUUUGCCUUCUGAUGACACUGGAAUAGUAUGGGGAGUGUUCUGAUAUGCUACAUAUCACUGUUUGGACAACUUGCUCAAUUCUUUGGAUUGUUGUGUUUGUAGUGAACAAUGCGGUUUAAAUAGAAACAACUUACAAAUGUGGAAGACUCCCUUUAAAGGUACGGCACCUAAAAAAAACUCCACGUAAGACUUGUCGAAUUUUUACCGAUGCGAUUUUGAAACAUUUUUGGGUAGAACACCUGUGAUAGAUUGAUGAGGGAUAAAUAAAAACCACUGCGGCCAACGUGACGCUAAAAACGUGGCCUCGUGAUCACAGCGCGACCUGUGACCGUCACCUGUGAUUCACGGGUGACAGAACCAAAGGGGCCGCCCCAGUCCUGUCGCACUCUCCUCCCGCCCAGAAUGGUCGGCAGUGUUAGAUGCGUUUUGCAUUAGAUGCUUUAGAUGUGUUAGAUGUUAAAUUACGUUAGAUGUUUUAGGUUAGAUUAGA